CGGGGGAGAUGAGGGGCGGAGUCAGUGGAGGGGACGGAGACGGGUGGUCGGUCGCACCAGAAAGCGGUGACGGGAGAUGGGCGAGGUUGCGGAGGAGAAACAAAAGAUGGUCGGGAACGCGGAGGGGAUGGGGAGGUCCGGAUCGGUUGCGGAGGAGGCGGAGGUGGGGGAUAGUGGAGGGGACGAAGACGGGAGAUGGGAUCGAGGAAGCUUGAAGCGGGGGGGACGGCGUGGGGUGCGGGCAAUCGGGAUCAAGUCCCGCCCAGGGUGCAAGGGGAGGUAUGGUAUGGACUGUCGAGGGAGGAGGAGGAGGCGGAGACGGGGUAUGGUCGGGAUCACGGAGAGGAUUGGGAGGUCUGGGCCGGCAGUGGAAGGGGCGGAGACGGGGGAUAGUCAGGAACGCGGAGGGGGCGGAGGCGGGAGAUGGUCGGGAUCGGAGAAGCUCGGGAUAGGAGGGGUAUGGUGUGGGGCGCGUGCAACUGGUGGUCUGGUCCCGGGGGGAAGGGGUCGGGUAAGAGGGUCGCGCUAAGGGCAGGACGCGGAGACGGGAGAUGGUCGGGAUCGC